CUAGUGCCGGUUAUCUGUCUGCCGGCACUGGUUUAAUUCACGUCGUCCAAUCUCUAUUAAGCUACCGAGCUACUGAUACCGUCUUCUUCUAAAAGACCAAUACCGUCAGGCAGAUUGCCGAACAAAUCGAACCCUAGGAGCCGGCCGUGUCCUGUCCGCCAUGGACGAGGCGCAGGAGAUCCUCCUGAGCUCUCUCAGCAGCUCCGGGGUCUCCCUCCCCGCCGGCGUCUCUUCCAUCAAAGAUCUCGGCCCGGACGCCCUCGUCUCCAUCUGCUCUCAAUCCCUCCGCCUCCUUGACGACGAUGAAUCGUCCCCGUCCUUCCCCACCUCCCUUCCUGAGUCCACCGCGGAGCGCUUCAAGAUAUGUGCCGACGUCGCCUCUGCCGUCAAAUCCCUGGGAUACCGAGGCGAUCUCAGCUUCCACCAGUUCCUGUAUCCUUCUUAUGAUGACUCAUACAAGUUGGUAAGAUUUUUGGUGGAGAGGCUAUCUGGAUCAUCUGAAGGUAGAAGAGCCAGAGAAAAUACAGCAACCAAAUCUACUUUGAGCAGUGGUGAAAUUACUGGUGACAUCCAUAAUGAUACAUUAGAGAAGCUUAAAGAAAAGGAGGAUAAGGUGAGGGAGAGUCAAAGUAAAGAGAAUUUUCUUUGUGAAAGAAGAUCUUUGGGGGAAUCAAAUAAAGGCAUUGCAGAGCCAUCUGAGACGGUUGCUGAGGAGGUAUACUCUGAUGUGUUGCUUGACACUAAUGCAGUUCCAGGGCAGUCAGGUGGGUCAGCUGAGACUGGAACACUCUAUUCUGAGCGCAUAGAAUCCAGUGAGAUCAAGAGCCAUUGCAGCAAGGAAGGUGUUGAAGAUGCUCCUGAAAAAUCUAUGAACUCUGAGAAAGAAUUAUGUGUUGAUGGAGAAGAUAUGACCCAAACAGACAAGUAUAUUGCUGAACUUGAACGAAAAUUAGCUUCUCUGCAGGAGCAAUUAUCCAAGUUAAGGAAUCAAGCUGACAGCUUGAAAAAUCAAGAAGAUAUGAUGACGGAGGCCAAAACAGGUGAAGGCCUUGAAAGUUCAGAGCCUUGAAAGUGAGCAUGAGCUCCUAAAAGAGGCUAUGGAUAUGGCAUUAGAUGAACAACAUUCUGUUGGCUUCUAUAUUGAAAUGCUAAAUGGACGAGUAGAAGCAAAAAGACAGAGUCUUAUGAAAUUGGAAUCACAGUGGUAGGACAUUGUGGAAUGAUCUCAAGCAAACAGUGGAACGGAGACAGAUGAGAGAGGAGCAGUCACUAUAUGCUGAGAACUUUAAGACUGUUAGAUUAAUACGAAAACUUGCUGCUUUCUGUUUUGAAUUUUCUGCAUUUAAUUGUUUUAGAAUCAGAAUUUUAUUGU